AUGAGGCCGAAAGAGGAAAUAGACACAAAAGUCCAAACAGGGACUUUUAUAUUAUCUGAAAAAAUUGAUGACACUAAGUCGAAGAAAAAUGAGAAAGAUAUGAAGAAAGAGAUGAAGCGUCUAGAAAAGGAGAAGCAAGAACGAGAGAAGAGAGAAAAGAAGGCGAGGGAAAAGGAAAAGGAACGUGAAAAACAGGCCAAGAAAGGCAAGGUGGUAUGUGCGAUGUGCGGCGGCAAGUGCAGCGGCGAGGUGCUCAGGGUGUCCGACAAGUACUUCCACACGGCUUGCUUCACGUGCCGCACGUGUUCCGCGUCGCUCGCUAAGGGCGGCUUCUUCUGUAAGGACGGACACUACUACUGCCCACACGACUACCAAAGGGCGUUCGGCACACGCUGCGCGGCUUGCGACCAGUACGUGGAGGGCGAGGUGGUCUCCGCGCUCGGCAACACUUACCAUCAGAAGUGCUUUACUUGCGCACGAUGCAAACGCGCGUUUCCCUCCGGCGAGAAGGUGACAUACACGGGCGCAGAGGUGGUGUGCAGCAGCUGUGUGGCGGUACCGCAGCGCCAGACCGCCCGAACCGCGCCCCCCCACGCUUCUCCCGUGUCGCCCACUUCACCCGCCUCCCCUGCCUCGCCCGCUUCACCCGUGCGGGACAUGUCCUCGCGCACAGAGAACGCACACGACCAGAAUGGUGAGACUCCACUAGAGUGUGCCGGCUGCGGCCAAGAACUUUCAGAAGGGCAGGCGCUCGUCGCUCUCGACAGGCAGUGGCACACGUGGUGCUUCGCGUGCGGCUCGUGCGGCUGCGUGCUGCAGGGCGAGUACAUGGGGCGCGACGGCGUGCCCUACUGCGAGCGCGACUACCAGCGCCUCUACGGCGUGCGCUGCGCCUACUGCCAGCGGUACAUCUCCGGGAAGGUGCUGCAGGCGGGCGAGAACCACCACUUCCACCCCACGUGCGCGCGCUGCAGCAAGUGCGGCGACCCCUUCGGCGACGGCGAGGAGAUGUUCCUGCAGGGCGCCGCCAUCUGGCACCCGCGCUGCGGGCCCGCCCCCAACGACCCCAGCGACCCCCGCGACUCCAGCGACCUCCACGAACAUGACCGCGCCUCCGCUGACCUUCAGUUCUCGCUGCGGUCGCGCACGCCCAGCGUCAACGGCUCCUACUGCAGCCCCUACAGUAGCUUGACCAGGAAGUACGGGUACCGCGCGGUGUCCCCGGGGCUGGUGCUGCGCGAGUACCGCGACGCGGGCGCGUGCUCGCCGCACCGCAUCACCACGUACUCGUACCUCACCAGCGAGCCCAACUACCUGCGCCGCCCGCUGCAGCCCUACGACCGCGCCACCACCUCGCCGCACUUCCACCGCCCGCCCUCGGCGGCCAGCAGUACCCGCGCGUCGUCCCGCGCGGGCAGCAAGGCGUCGUCGCGGCCCGGCAUGCGCGUGCUCGUCGACUCCAUGCGCAGCGAGACGCCCCGCCCCAAGUCUCCGCACAUGAACAACGAGGAGCCGAUAGAACUAUCUCACUACCCGGCCGCAUUUAAACCGCCGCCUGGAACUAAGUCUAAGAUAGAGAGAGACGACUUCCCCGCGCCGCCAUACCCUUACACGGACCCAGAACGUCGACGCCGCUGGUCGGACACGUACAAAGGCAUGGUAGACAGCGACGAUGAGACGGACGGCAAGGUCAACGGCAAAGUCAACGGUAACGGAGAUAUAGACCCUAAGCUGCGGAGGGAGGAGCAGGAGCUCGCCAAGAUUGAGACAGGCAUCGCACAGGUAUUCCUAAAAGAAGUGAAAGAGCGAGAGAAACUACAGCAGUGGAAAAAACAGAAUUUGGAUCCUAGAAAUGCAAGCAGGACACCGUCGGCGUCGCGCGAGCCCCUGCCGCGGCUGCGCUACUCGUCGCCGGUGGGCGCGUCGCCCUCGCGCUCGCUGGAGCAGCCCUCGCGCCACGCGCCCAGCCACGCCAGCCACGCGCACAUCCCCACCUACAACGUGGUGUCGUCGCUGCGCAGCGCGCCGCGGCCCGGCUACGGCCUGGCGCCGCGCUCGCACACCUUCUCGUCCAGCACGGCCGUGAGUAUGCGCCCCGCGCACUACACCCCGCACACCUACACCCCGCUCGACACCUCGGGCGACUUCACAUUCAGCGGGAUGGGAGACAAGACGCAUAGCACCGACUUCAGCAGCGGCAAGUCAGACAUUUCUGCCGGCUCCAUAACUGAUGUGGAUAGGAGUGCUGUGACUACCGACGGAGGCGUGAUCAUCCGCGGCAGCGUGGGCGUGGGCGUGGGCGGGCGUCACACGAGCGCGAGCGGCGCGGGCGUGGGCAGUGUCGUGGGCUCGGCCACGGGCGUCCGGCGCUCGCUGCCCAACAUGGCCACCAGCCACCUGCUGCACGAGCCGGCCAAGCUCUACCCCUACCAUCUACUGCUCAUCACCAACUACCGCCUGCCGCCCGACGUCGACCGGCUCAACCUGGAGCGACACUUGUCGGACGCGGAGUUCGAAGCCAUCCUGCAGAUCGGGCGCCAGGACUUCUACCGCCUCCCCGUGUGGCGCCGUAACGAGCUCAAGCGGCGCGCGCGGCUCUACUGA